AAAUUUGAUGAUAAAAAUGGAUUCCAUUCCAUAUCAAUGUUAGUGAACAUGGAAUCCAUAGCAGUUUUGGAACAUGGAUCUCAACUCUUUGUUCCUUCUCCUAACAACAUGUUUGUUUCAGUAGGCAAACUCUCUUGCUUUCCGCUGACGUCACUUCCAACUAAGCCUCGAAAGUUUGUUCGUUUGAAGGCAACUAAUACCCUGACUUGUGAUGAUCAAGAGAGCCUUCGCACGUUCAAGAAAUUGCUACCUUCUCCAUGGACUGAUCACUUCCACUCUGUUUCUGUCGAUGUCUCGGAAAUGGAUGCGCUUAGGAAAGAAAUCGAUGUACUAAAGCCGAAAGUGAAGAACAAACUCAUGUCUUCCCAUGGGAUCGACUCGACCAAGAAGAGAAUCCUUAUGAUAUAUUUGUUGGUGAGCCUUGGUGUUGCACAUCACUUUGAGGACGAGAUCGAUGAGACUCUAAAAGAAGGUUUUGAAAAGAUGGAGGAGAUGAUGGAUGAUGAAGAUGAUUUGUACACAGUUUCCAUCAUGUUCUGGGUUAUCAGGACAUACAAUCACUACAUAUCUUCCAAUAUCUUUACAAGAUUCAAAGGAGACAACGGAAACUUCAAAGAAUCGCUUAAAGGGGAUGCCAAGGGCAUCUUGAGCUUGUAUGAAGCUGCGCACUUGCGGACAACGAAGGAUUGUAUACUGGACGAAGCAUUGAGCUUUGCAUCAAACCAUUUGGAGUCAUUAGCUGCAAGUGGGACGUGCCCGCCUCAUCUCUCUAUGCGUAUACAAAAUGCUCUCACUCUAUCUCAGCGUUGGAACAUGGAGAUGGUAGCCGCUCUGGAAUAUAUAACUUCCUACGAACAAGAAAAAGAUCAUGACGGAAUGCUACUGAAGUUUGCUAAGCUCAGUUUCAAGUUAGUCCAGCUCCAGUACCUUCAAGAUCUUAAAAUCAUUACAAAAUGGUACAAGGAGCAAGAGUUUGCAUCUAAGUUCCCACCUUACUUCAGAGACAGAAUCGUGGAAAAUUAUUUCUUUGUGCUAGCGGUGUUCUUCCAGCCACAACUUUCACGUGCAAGGAUUAUGUGUACUCAGCUCUUUACCAUUUUGGAGAUUAUAGACGACACAUUCGACAGAUAUGCUUCUCUUCCUGAGGCUAAAAGCCUCGCAAAAUGCCUGGAAAGGUGGGCUCCCGAUCAUGCCAUGGAUAAACAACCUGAUUAUCUGAAAUUAAUGUUGAACUUUAUAUUGGAUACUUUCGAAGGUUUUGAAAGAGAGCUUAGGGCAGAAGGAGAAACUGACAGUGUGAAAGCCACUAUAGAAGAGUUCAAGAUACUAGUAAAAUCCGAAUAUAUUUUUGCAAAAUGGGCACACGCGGUUCACGUGCCUAGCUUUGAGGAGUACAUGGAGGUUGGUACGGUGGAGAACGCGUCGCAUGCGGCUUUAGCAUGUUAUAUAAUGUGUCUAGGAAAGAUGGCUACGAAGGAAGAUUACGAGUGGCUAAAAUCCAGACCAACACUCGCCAUGUCUUUAUCCAUCAAAUUGCGUCUUGUGAAUGACAUAACCGGUUUCGAGGAUGACAUGGGUAGGGGAUAUGUCAUGAAUGCGGUCAACUGUUAUAUGAAGCAAUAUGGAGUUACGAAACAAGAAGCUGUUAGGGAUCUUCUUAAAAUGGUUGCAGAUGCGGAUAAGGCAAUCAAUGAAGAAUUCUUGACGACGGUUAAUGUGUCACGUUUGUUUCUCAACGCAGCAAAGGGUUAUGCAAAAAUGAUCAGCAUCUGCUACAAUGGAUAUGAAGGAUUCACCCAUCCCGAAGUAAAAAUUAACGAGUAUAUGACUUCGUUGCUUGUCGAUCAGAUCCGUCUUUGAAGACUGACUUCAGAACAUGUUUAAGCCUGUAGCGCCAUGUCUUUGGUUUCUUCGGUCUACCGUCUACUUAGACCGAACGUCCUUAGAAUCAACAAGAAGCUUUUAAUAUAUGUUUUUGUGUG